AUGCCCGUUUCUUAUUCAAUGAUGAAGUCAAAAGAUGUGACGACGAAGAUUAUAUCCUGUUAUGCUUCUGCAAUUCCUCUUCGAGCUCCUGUAUCCAAGACUCAUACAGUCGUCGUUAAGUAUCCUCCAGAAUCUCCUAGUAUUCUCGGAUACGAAGAACUAAGUGCACUUAAACAGGGCGACUUGCAACGUCUAAUAUGUGUAGUUCUCGGCGGUAAUCCUCCGGCAAACCUAAAAUGGUAUAGGGGAGACAGAGAGAUCAGUGCACCUGUAUCUAUUUCUGGAAGUGGAGUUUCUAGUGAGUUGGUUUUCCGCGUUGAUGCCAGCGAUAACGGAAUAUCUUAUACUUGCAAAGCAUUUAGUCCGGCUAUUUCUCAACCAUUGGAAACAUCGGUUACUUUGACUGUUUAUUUUCCAUCAGAGAAAGUAUUACUCUCAGUGGAUCCACAAAUUCCGAAAGAAGGGCAAACUGUAACACUAGUUUGCCAAACAGGUAGUGGUAAUCCGAAACCUGUAAUUACUUUGCUUAGAAACAACAAGAUUGAAGAAGAAUAUUAUGAAGAGAUCCACAAUGCCAGUCAUGGUGGAUUAGCUGUGAAAAGUAGGAUUGUGUUUGUGGCAAGACCUUCUGAUGAUGGAGCCCGUUUUAUCUGCAGAACAAAAUCUGACGUAUUUCCAGAUACAGUUGAAGCUCAAAUAAUAUUAAGAAUCUUAUAUAAGCCCAAAUUUUCAAGUAUUGUUCAGAAACGAGAUUUAAUGGAAGGUGACUCUAUAGAAAUAAACUUAACUGCUGUUGGGAAUCCAGAUGUAAUUUCCUAUAAAUGGUAUAAAGAAGGUGCACCUGUUCCAGUUGAAUCCUCUGAAGACAAAUCGACAAAGAAUAGCAAAGAGAUUCGCCUUCGAGUCACCUCAUUAGGACCAGUGCUGUACAUUAAAAGUGCCUCAAGGUACGACUCUUCUAUUUAUACUUGCGAAGCCAGUAACGAGGAAGGAUCUUCUAAUGCAACAGUCAUACUCAAUGUUCGUUAUCCUGCUGUAAUUAUCAAUAUUUCGGCGUCAAUUGAAGUAAAAGAAGGAGAUAAUGUGAAGUUAGAAUGUAAUUUUGACGGUAAUCCGUUACCUGAAGAUACUAUCAGUUGGAAAAAAGAUGGUAUACGUUUUACGAAGUAUUCGAUAGAAGGGAAAAAAUCAUAUUUAAUCAGAGAAAAUAUAACAAGAACCGAAGCUGGUGAAUAUUAUUGCAUUGCAAACAAUGGAAUGGGAAAAGAGUCGAUUAAAUCAACAAUAAUAUCUGUUCUACAUAGGCCAGUAAUUCGACGAUCCCAAAUGAAGUCAAAAGUUGCGAGCGAUAUAAAAGAUACUGCAAAAUUUCGAUGCAUCGCCGAUUCUUAUUCCAAUACGUCCAUCAAUUGGUCCUAUAAAAAGCAAUUAUUAGAAAGAAGUCCAAAAUAUGAAGUAAGAAAUUCCGCACGAAACUCAACAUGGGAAUGUACUUUACUUGUCAAGCAAUUGGAAGAAUCAGAUUUUGGUAUUUACGAAUGUAUUGCAACUAAUUCUCUUGGAAAGGACAUUUUUCAAUUCUUAUUGGUCAAAAGAGGGCCACCAGAACCACCUGUUGAUUUACAAGUUGUUAACGUCAGUAAUAAUUAUAUAUUUAUUAUAUGGAAACCGGGCUUUGAUGGUGGUUACGUAUCGUCAUUUCGUAUCAGAUACAGACAGCUUGGAAUAGAAACAUAUUACUUUCAAGAUGCUGUAGCGAUGAGACAUAAUCACAAAAUUGUUGACCUGAAAGCUGGAACAGAAUAUUAUAUUGCCGUUUCUGCUUGGAAUGAUCUAGGACAUAGUAAUUUCACAUCAGAAAUAAAAGCCAGUACCACUGAAAUUGCGGUUAUGGAUUCUACACAAGCCUCUCCUGGCAAGAAAAUCAAAAGCACUACUGGAAACUCCAAAUGGUGGUGGAUAUGUGUUACAGCUGUCGGAACUGUCUUUGUGUUGGUUAAUGUGAUAGUUGUGAUCUGUCUGAUUCACAAGGGCAAGUGCUGUGCCAGGUCGAUUGGAGGACAGUCUUGUGUUCAUGACAUUGAUAAGCAAGUAAGAUAUACAAUAGAAGGAAAGUCAUUUUAUAUCACAGGAGAAAAAUUAGAUGUAGCUCAUGAACACAUAAUGAUGGAAAAUAUCAAAAAUAAAGAUCAGAAAACAUAUUUGACGGUUGAUAUCGUAGGGAAAAGAUUAAAUUUACAGCCAAGUAAUUUGAGAAGGAAGAAUAAAAGUGAUACAUUUUCGGAAAAAUUUGAAGAAUUAGUUCAUAAAACUAGUAGUAGUGAAUUUCCAGAUAUUUUGAAAAGAAUUAAUUAUGACGCAAGUGCCUUCAAAGAUGAAAAGAUCUCAGAUGAGAAUGACCAAUCGCCUUUUAGAAAAUCCAAGAACUGCCUUUCUUCAUCAACGAGGUCACUCAACUCAGAUGCUUCCUCACUUACUGAACCUAAUAUAUCACUGCCAAUGACAUCAACCUCAAGCUGCGAUUUAAGGAUACGUCAUAUUCUAUUUGAACCAGAACAACCACCAUUGAAACCUUUUAUAGAGUACCUCGAUAGCUGAGGUUUGAUAUAAGAAAGCCUUUAGAGUUAUCAAAAAAUAUACUGAAAUACCUCGCUGAACUAUUUAUUGUUCAAGAACCAUCAAGAAAGUGAAGAGGGAGUAAUUAAAAACUUUCUCUAUUAAAAAAUCUUACAAUUUUCUUCGUGCAGUACACAUCACAAUAGAAAAGAGCACAAAUUACCAUGUUCUUUUAACGACGAUGAACAAAGAAUUUUAUCUCCUUUAAACACUAACAAAGACAGAACAAGAAAAAAGAAAAAAUUCAUAUCGACUGCAGAAGUCAAACGAAAAUUGUUUUAAUGAAGAUAAUUCGUAAUGAAAGUCAAACUCUUAUAUACAAUAAUCUACAGCACAACCAUCAACUUUGUCUAUGUACAGUACAGUUUGUGAAUAGUUUUAGUUUACUUAACUAUUAGUUCUGAACUUUCAGAUUAUUAU